AUGUCUCUCAAGAACGAUGCCUUCCCCUCGUCCGCCGCGUUCGACGUGAUCAACGCUACCCUCAAGGCCGACGACGCCGAGCGCAAGGAUGCCGUCGAAAAGGCCAAGGCCAUCGUCAGCUUCAACAUCAAGAACGCCAGCGGCAAGGAGGACAGCUGGUACCUCGACCUGAAGGAGGUCGGUGAGGUUGGCAAGGGUGCUGCCCCGGCUGGCAAGAAGGCUGAUGUCACCCUCUCCCUUUCCGAUGCCGACUUCGCUUCUCUCGUCGCCGGCAAGGCCAACGCCCAGCGUCUGUUCAUGGGCGGCAAGCUCAAGAUCAAGGGUAACAUCAUGAAGGCGACCAAGAUGGAGCCCGUCCUCAAGAAGGCCCAGGGCAAGGCCAAGCUCUAG